AUGACAGAGGUGAGAACGCACAAUGACUACACGAUCGGAUGGGUCUGCGCGCUGUCCGUGGAGCGCACGGCGGCGACGGCCAUGCUAGACGAACGACAUACGAACCUCCCCAGACGUCCCAACGAUCUCAAUACCUACACGCUCGGCUCCAUCGGCGGCCACAACAUCGUCAUUGCUUGUUUACCUGAGGGGACGAUAGGAACGACCUCAGCCGCGACCGUUGCAAAGGACAUGGUAUACGCCUUUCCAGCCAUCAGUGUUGGUCUUAUAGUAGGCAUCGGAGGGGGCGUGCCAUCCACGGCUCGGCUCGGCGACGUGGUGUUGGAAGGGAGCAAGAUAGCGCAGUACCUGGACGAUAUACAAACGCGGUACCCACAAUCGACGGGAAAGUUCCUUCGGUCGGAUUCGCUGCAAGAUAUUCUUUUUAAGGCAAGCUAUGAACAUGUGGACAAGCAGGAUCGAGACGCCGCAGAGGACGAGGAAGAGGAAGACUUGGAGGAGCAAGAAUCGGACAACGAAGCUAAAGAUGUUUGCAAGCAUUGCGACAAGGCUCAGAUCGUGAAGAGAAAGCCGCGAGACAUGCGUGUACACUAUGGACUAAUCGCAUCUGGAAACCAGGUGAUCAAAGAUGCCCAGGUCAGGGAUCGAUUAUGCAAGGACUUAGAUUACGGCCCGCAGCACUCGGACUAUUUACGAAGACGACAGCCCGGUACGGGGCAGUGGUUGCUCGACUGUGAAACGUACCAGAAGUGGGUGGCUGAGCCUGGGCAGACUCUCUUUUGUCCCGGCAUCCCUGGCGCUGGCAAGACGAUCCUUACCUCUAUCGUUGUCGACAACCUCGAGGACCGCUUUGUUACUGAUCCUACUAUUAUAGUGGCGUACAUCUACUGCAAUUUCAAUCGUAAAGAGGAACAGAAGCUUGAGGAUUUGAUAUCCAGCUUACUAAAGCAGCUAGCGCGGAAUAGUCUUUCACUACCGCCAGUCCUGAAGAAGCUUCACGAGAGGCACGCCCUAAAACGUACGAAACCGACUUUGGAGGAGAUUUCGACAGCUCUUCAGACUGUGGUUGCUACGUUCACCAGGGUAUUUAUCAUAGUCGAUACACUAGAUGAAUGUCAGGUGGCGGACAAUUGUCGAACACGAUUCGUACAUCAGCUCUUGAGACUUCAGACUCAGCGAGGCAUUAGCGUCUUCGCGACAAGUCGGCAUAUACUCGACAUCGAGAAAGAACUCUCGAACAGCUUGAUAAUUGAAAUAAUCGCUAGCGAAGAAGACAUCAGGAGAUACUUGAACAACGCCAUAGCUCGUCUCCCUAGGUUCAUCGCCGAUAGAAGCGACUUACAAAUCGAGGUUACGCAGACUAUCAGUCGCGUAGCAAAUGGGAUGUUUCUGUUUGCUAAGCUGUAUUGCGAUACGCUUUUAGACAAAGACAAUCCCAAGGUCUUGCGGAAGGCAUUGCAGGAUCUAACGACCGGCUCGAGAAGUUCCGAGGCAGCCUAUAAUAGUGCCUACGAUGCUGCGAUGAGGCAGAUUGAGGGCCAGCUCAAAGGGCAAGCCGCACGCGCAAAGGACGUGAUAAUGUGGAUAACUUGUACAAAACGACCACUUACCAAAAUAGAGCUACAGCAUGCGCUUACCGUUGAGAUUGGUGAGGCAAAACUGGACGAAGAUAACAUUACGCAAGUUCAGGACCUGGUUUCGGUGUGUGCAGGACUGGUCACAAUCGACGAGGAGAGUAACGUGGUCCGGUUGGUCCAUUAUACGGCACAAAAGUACUUUGAAGAUACGCAAGGCAGAUGGUUUCCUUCAGCGCAUCUGACUUUGGCGGCGACUUACACCACGUAUCUCUCGUUCGAGGCCUUUGCUGGUGGGCGCUGCCAAAACGAUGAGGAGUUCGAGAAGCGUCUUGAGCAGCAUCAGCUCUACCAAUAUGCAGCUCGGCAUUGGGGUGACCAUGCACGACUAGCUCGUAGCUGUGAGCAGAUAGUUGGCUUCCUCCAAAAGACAGCAGAGAUCAAUGCGUCUGUUCAAUCGUAUUUCGCUAAUAGAGGGUGGCAUUUUGGAGGUUUCAGUCAAAAAACCCCUAGUGGUAUGGAAGCAACACAUCUGGCAGCCAUUUUUGGACUCGAAGAUGCAUUAUCUGCGGUGUGGAAUCUAGAAAACAGAGAUGCGAGAGAUAGUGACGGUAGAACACCGCUAUCGUGGGCGGCCGAGAAUGGACACGCAGGGGUGGUCAAGCUGCUUCUCAAGACUAAGGAAGUGGAAGCCAACUCUAAAGACACAAAAUAUGGCCAGACACCGCUGUCGAGGGCGGCCGAGAAAGGACACGAAGAGGUGGUCAAGCUGCUUCUCAGAACCAAGGAAGUAGAAGUCAACUCCAAAGACAAUUUUGGCCAGACACCGCUGUUAAUAGCGAUUAGGAAUGGAUAUGUAGAGGUGGUCAAGCUGCUUCUCGAGACGAAGGAAGUGGAAGUCAACUCUAAAGACAUGUUUGGCCAGACACCGCUAUCGUGGGCAGCCCAAAAAGGACACGCAGAGGUGGUCAAGUUGCUUCUCGAGACCAAGGAAGUGGAAGUCAACUCCAAAGACAAUAAUGGCCAGACCCCGCUAUUAAUAGCGAUUAGGAAUGGAUAUAUAAAGGUGGCCAAACUACUUAUCGAAACGAAAGAAGUAGAUGUCAACUCUAAAGACAUAUUUGGCCAGACACCGCUAUCGUGGGCAGACGCGGAAGGACACGCAGAGGUGGUCAAGUUGCUUCUCGAGAUGGAACAAAUAGAUAUCUAUACCGAAGAUAACGUCGGCCGAACCCUAUUAUAG